CGAUUAAUAUUGCAAACGGCUUUUUCAAUACACAUUCAUCAAAUUUUCAUUUUCAGUUCGCCGUCUGAAUUAAUCAGCCAAAUCAUCGGUCUAUUCGCGGUGUAGAUCCCGCGUAAGAUCGGGAGUGCUUUGUCUAAUCGAGUAUUCUAAAACGAACGUUUUACGGAAUCCGAGGACGUUAUGCAGGUAUCGAUCGAUCGCUGUGCUGCGAGGAGGCGUUUAUGGUAGAACACGACGCGAUACUCUCUCUCUCUCUCUCUCAUUCGUGUAUGACGUUUAUACGUAUGUUACAUACAGGCCGCGUAUCACGUGUGAAACGUAUCAUUUUCCGCACACCCUGAUGAUAAUACGUAAAACGGCAUACGUGAGAAGCGCGUAAUGCCGGGUUAUCAAUGUCUGUCCCGCCGUUACCGCGAUGGUACGUAAAGAUCCAGACAUUUUUACGGCUGUCAAUGGAAAAAACGAAAACGUGGAAAAGAACGUAGCGCGCCUACCGUCGUGCCCACCGAGUUUAAUGCUACGUGAGACGCGACGCGGUGUCUUAAACUUACGUGUCGCGCGCUCCGUACUUCUUUAAGCACGAAGGGAGAAGUUGCAUCGGUAGUGAGGGACUUAUUGGAACGACUGAAUGAUUGAUCGUCAGCGUCGCGCGCAACGACGUUCGACGUGUGUCAUUACGUGCGCCAGUGGACGGUUCCAUCUGAACCUAAUUGACAGCUGUACAUCCCGCUAUUAAGCGUACGCGAGGGAAUUAAUAUAAUAAAUAAUCGAUUAACGUGAAAUUCCUCGAUUUCGUUAAUUAAAUGCAGUCUUCCUCAAUUUGUGCAUUUUGCAAUAUUUUUCGCAAAGAUGGAAUAUAGCGAAUAAUCAUGAUUUAUAAGCAACGUGGCGUUUCAUAUAAUUAUUUAACAUGAUAUCUAAGUUUUCCGAUUAACUAUGUGCUUAAAUAUUCUUAACAUGUAGAUAGAUAAUCGUCAUUUCUCUAUCAGAUAUCAUCAGUUUCACGCAUUAUAGUUAUCGCAACUUUUCAGAGAUCAUUAAAAUUAUUGUUAACAUGAUCUCCUACUGGACAACUUGCUAGAAAGUCGGAAGAGGCAUUUAACUGCAAAAGGCAUCGUAAUUUUGUGGGACUGUCGUUUAAUGCAAGUCGAACGUUGAUUUAUUGGAGCAUCGACGAAUAUUGAUCGGAGCAUGAUUCCACCAGCGCUUCGUGAUAUCGUAAAAUCUUCAUCAUUCUCUUAUCAGGGGUCCGACCUGCCUUGCGGGAACCUUGGUGGCCAGUCAUCCAGGCGAGAGACCACAUCACUACCCCACCAGCUGCUCGGCAGCGUCUGCUCGCGCCGAGCGGGGCGUCGAGCAUUCGAAAUUCGGGGAGAGGCGCAUGCGUUUCUCGCACGAGUGGGGUGAAAGCCGAGCCAAUGGGCCAUCGUCGGCCAAUGAACGUUGAACGAGCCGUGGCUGCCCGGGCGGAGCGUCACCGCAUAAACGAGACGCGGCACGAGCAGCUUCUCGCAGACGUCGUACAACUGCCGAGGAGAGUGUGCGGCGUCUAACACCAAGGGCUCUUCUUGAAGAGCCCUUUAAGAAGUCCAGUUACACUUUCCUCAGUGAAUGUGGGUCUUUAAGACAACUGGUUGUUCUUAGAUACCUCCUCGGCGAACGUCCCACUUUACGCGAACGAAGCACAAACGCGAUGUGAACAGCAAGUGAGAAGCGAGAGGCACUGUCGCGCAUCCCGAGGAGAUCCCAUAAGAAAAAUAUAAGAAAGAAUUCAACAAGAGAAGGAAGAUGUUACACGGUGCUCUGCCGAGGGCCUUCCUGGCCCCGGGCCUUAACUACAUGAGCUACUACAGCGAGGAGAUUCACCCUACCUAUGCUGCGCCGCCGACCACGUGGCACAUCCCGAUGGAGGACCCGUCCUCGCCGAUCUAUUCGCGAAUUCCGUCAGCCGAGCAUCACACGUCUCUGCAGGCCUGGGAAUCUCCAAGGUGCUCAACGCCGUGCCCACUGGAUCUGUCCCUGAAGCCGCCGACGACACCGAGUACCCCGAGGACCGAGGAAACGAUCGAGGUAGGCGAUGAGAAGGAUCUCAGAAUCCGCGAAGGAGUCCAGGCCCGAUCCGAAGCUCGCCGAGACAGCGAGGACGACCAGCAGCUGAUAGUGGACGACCUGGACGCAUCACACAGCUCCCCGGCGCAGAAUCAUCACGGUCAUCAUUUCGAACGACUGGUCCUCAACAAGGAAUCACCUCGCCUGCAUGACACGGUAAUCGACAAGAUCCAUCAUCUUCCCGAGGAGAGCACUCGACUGCCACCGUAUCCUGUGAACGAGCUCGCCUCCAAGUACCACCUGCACAAUCAGAAACUCCUCCUGACGAGCCCGACGCACCUGCAAUCGAUGCAGAGCUACCAUCAGCAGCUGCUCCUGACGCCGCAGCAUCAUUUGCAGAGCGUGCACGCGCCCAUGACGCCACCCAGCACCCCGUCGCCGCCGCAGUGCCCCCGAAGAAGACCUCGAGAGGACGAUCUCGCUCCACCAUCCUCGGGACUCGCCAGCGGCGCUUCCGCGUCGACUCCGAAGCAGACCAGCAGCGAGAAGACCACCGCGCCGAGGCCCAAGAAGAAACAUGCGAGGAGGCUGAAGUUCGACGAGGACACCAGCAGCCCGGUCUCAGGCACGGUAAUCCUGGGCCCGGACGAGGCGGUGGUCACCGGCGACAUCGAUCCCGCCUUCAACAUCGUCGAGGUGACGGAGGAGGCGCGCGCCGAGCUGGCCAAGAUCGAGAAUCGGCUGGGACCGUACCAGUGCAAGCUCUGCCGGCAGCUUCACGAGGACGCCUUCCAGCUGGCGCAACACCGAUGCUCCCGGAUUGCUCAUGUGGAGUAUCGCUGUCCCGAGUGUGACAAGCGGUUCUCCUGCCCGGCCAAUCUGGCGUCGCAUCGACGUUGGCACAAGCCCCGAUUACCCAACACCGACAGCGGCUCCGCAUCCUCGACGACAUCGUCGCCAACGUCGUCAACGUCGUCAUCGUCGUCGUCAUCGUCGUCCUCGUCGUCUCCGUCUACCACCGCGGAGAUCUCUUGCACCAGAUGCGAUGCCAAGUUCACCAGGCAGGCCGCCCUGCGGAAGCAUCUGGCCGUACAGCACCCGGAAACCAGCAGCAAUAAUAACAAUAAUACUGUUGUCGAUCAGGAAACCAUCAGCAAACCGGACAUCGUUCAGACGGUCACCACCACGCAAUUGACUAACGAGAUGACCUGACACCAAUUCCCAGCGAGACCUUUGCCGAGACGACCCGGGCUCUACUGGAGAUUCGGCCUUGACCUAUAAAGAGAUACAAGCUGAAAACGCAUCGUAUCAUCCGGCUCGACGAUGACUUGGAGGCUUUCGUAAAUGUGAGUGCACAAUCAAAACGUUUCGCUCGUUCUAAUAUUAAGCGAAGAAACGAUGAAAAAAGAGAGAUAAAGAGAAAAUGUAAAGGAGGCGCGAUUUCUAGUCAUUCUUUAGUAUGUGAUUUAAUUUUUAGCCAUCCAAUUCCUACGCUUUCAACAUUGCUAGCCUCUCCUUGUAUAAAACUUUCAACAAUGCUGGUCUCCUUGCGCAAAAUGUUCAACAUUAAUCUCUUUGUACAAAAACAUUUUCAAUAUUGCUAAUCCGUGUAAAGCUUUCUUUAAUCAAAUUGCCAUUUUGUUUUAUUUUGAUUUAUUAAAUAUAUGAUUACGCGAAUUUAAUAAAUUUAAUAAUAAAGUAAAUAAAUAUAAUAACAUCGCGAAUUAUCAAAUAUAUGCAAAGAAUAAUUCGGGACAACAACUGAUAAGGUAUUAAAGGGCGGGAAAGAAGGGUAAUACAAUAUUAUUUCUAGUCAUCUCUAAUCAUUAGUAUAUCGUACCAAAUAUGACUUACCAAAGUAACGCAUAUUAUUUGGCAACUCUGAUAAAAAAACUUAAUAUGAGCCCCAGAAAAUUAAUGCACACUGAAAUUAUUGUAACAUGUUAAAGAUAAUCUUGUUGUCUAACGUAUCGAUCAUUGUUAAAUUUUACUUACAAGAUUUACCGGGAAAAAAACAGGGUUACGUAUUAUAUUAUUGCAGGAAUCAAAUUUGUAUAUGCGUCGAUCGUAUUGGCAACAAAAAUUGAGAGUGAUAAUAAUGUUCGGAUAAACACCCGUGAUAAAGUACAGUUUCCAUAUUCCCGUGUGUUGUUAAGAUCACAGUAUACGAUAAAAUUAAUGGCGCAUAAUAAUUAAAGAUAAAUAAAAUAAUUAAUCAGCAGCAGCGAGGGUGCUGAAAAGAAAUCGCAAGAUAACGACAGUCACACUUUAGGGUAUAUUGACGCGAACGUUUAACACAUUUUUCGUACAAUUCCGAAUAACUUCCGAUUAAAUAUUUCGGUUACAUUAUUACAUAAAUGCAAUAUUAUAUAAGACAGGUAAUAUUGCAAAAUAAAACAGCAAGAAUUAAAACUAUAUUAUAAUAAAUGAAGAAAAUUACAUAAAUUGUUAGAAACGUGUUAAACGUAAACAUUGCAUUAUUUCUCCACCUCGAAUGCAUAUAUAGUUAACGUAUAAAAGUUAUAGCCGUAGAUAUCACAUUAUCGAGAGCGUUAUUGCCAAAACAGGGAAGUAGGGGGUAAAACAAGUAGUCGUCUCUAAUCGAGUAAUUGACUUCUAGUCGAAUCUAGUCCAGUAGAAUCGUGCCAUGUAAUUAAUAGUAAGCUCUUAAUUAAAAUAGAAUAGCGAGUCGCGUCCUGUAAAUUCUUGUAAAAUCUCGGCGAUGUAAUUGCGAGCGGGUGGGCCAAAGCGAUCUCUCGUGCGAUGUAAAUAUAACACAUAUAGUGAUGUAUAUAUGCGACACGCGACUAGGCUGAUAUAGGUGACCAGGCUAACGUGAUAGAGGUCGUUUGAUACGAAGAUCUCGCAGCUUGUCUGCCGUUAAGUGAAUGAGCUGACUUAUUUGCCGUUUUUUAGGCGAGUUUAUUACACUCCUUAGAGCAAGAAGAGCCGGUUCCUGCGUUAAUUAAUAUAACGUAAUUUUAUUUCAUUUUGCAUUUAUAAUACAAUUUGUUCGUUUAUUUUUCCACUUCGAGCAGUUGUGUACAUUAUUCUUGUUUAUUCCUGUUUAUAUAUUUUAUAUCAUUUUAUUAUUUUAUAUUGUAUAUUUUAAUAUUCCAUUGAGUCAGUCGUAAAAUCAGCCAUUAAUUAGUUUUAGAUUCUAGAUUUUAGAAUUAACUUUAGGAUUAAUCUCUUGGAAAUGAUUCCUCAUACGGCUAAUAACCAAAUAAUUAUUACUCAGUUACGUUAAGUUAAAUUAAGCAUUUAGUUAAGUACAUUAAGUUUCUUACUUUAUUUGAAUACGAAAAAUUUAAUAUAAAAAAUUUCUUUAUUGUAUAUAUUAUUUUUCAAAAGAAAUCGGAAAUAGUCAUUCAUAAUCGUAGUAUUCAUAUUGAAAUGAAUAAGCAUAAAUGCAUUGAGUAAUUGAUAAGUACUGUAAUAGACCUUUUCCUUAGAGCAUUCGUAUUUUAGUCAUCGAAUAGUCUAGUUUUACCUAUUCGUACGAUAAUAGCGUUAAGAGCAAGUUGGAAAGUUUACCGUUGAAUUAUAAAAGUUUCAAAAAGGAAAUCUAUUAAAAGUCUUUAGUCACAGUUAAAAUAAUCAAUAUUUACUCGUAGAGAAUCGAAUCGUGUAGAAAAUAAAUAUAAUAUACAUUGUGUCUAGCUGCACGAAAAACUAGUCUAAAAUUGCGAUAAAUCAAGCGGAACACUAGCAAUUCUUAUUUAAUGCAAUGUUUAAUAUCAAAAAUUUCUUCAGUGUUAUAAAAAAGAAAUCGAAAAAGCCAGUGAUGAUAAUCGUAGGUACCCAUAUUGCUAUACAACCGAAAUUAAAUGCGAUUAAUUGUAGGAGCGAAGUUAGGAACGUUAAGUAUCUCUAGUCAAUCGGGACGCAUUACUAGUCAUUUAUUCCUAGUCACAUAGAAAAUGUUAAUUCUUGAUAACGAUGCAACACUUUUGUUUUUAAUAAAAACAAAAGGGCAAAAACUUUUUACCCUUCGAGUAGUAAAUCUUUAAGUUUCGCGUUGCGGUUCGUGCAAUUAAUUUCGAGCGGAAGAGUAUCACAUCUAGUCACGAUAUUUAGAUAUAACGUAGAGUGAAUAUACUUAAUUAAUAUUAUAUGUAUGCAAUAUAGAAUCACGCUCCAAUCCGAAACAUAAUCCGUUUUAGUAAAUGUAUGCGAAUUUGGAAAAUCGUAAAUGUUGCUACUCGAGAAAAUCGUGUUUGGAUAUUACAUCAAUAUUACAAUAUACUGAUGAUUCGUAAUGUAGCGUUUCUAAUCGUGGACCAAUUAUUAAUUUUAAUUACUAAUGAUAAUCAAUCAAUUAUUACACGAUCAAAUCAGUAAGGACGCGAACAAUUCGUUUUUUUUCGGACAAAAUGCAAUUUUAAUUUUUACUUUUAUAUAAAUUCAUGCAAAAUCGACUCGAGAUUUUAAUCGCUUCGUAUUUCAAUUACUAUUAUAGAAAUCUAUUCACACUACACAUAGAUCUAGUUAUAGAAUUAUAUACAGAAUAUCUCAGAUCUUCUACAUAACUCAUGCUAAAGAUGUCAAAAUCAGAAUCAAUCAGUAAAUAGUUUUAAAUAGCCUUUUUUAAAAAUUACAAUUUCAGCGUUUUGACAUUAAAUCUUAUUCGCGUGAUCUCAUUUUUUAUUAAUAGUCUGGAAUAUUCUGUAUAUAGAGAUAUAUAUUAUCGACCGAUCUAAUCUGUAUUCGUGCGAAUGUAAUUUGAAGUAUGUAUAGUCCAUAUAUUAUAAUAUAUAUUACAUGUGAUUAUCCAGAAAUGGUGAGAGAUCGCGUAGGUUUCUAUACUCGCAUAUUCUUCGAGAUUGUAUGUAUAUAAAACGCACACACACACGCAUAUGUAUGUAUAAAUGUAUGAUAUCGCUGUAUUUAUCGAAUCUUGCGACAAAUCUCGACCUGCAUGCAUUACAUCCGACUAUCUUUGCGUUAGAUUAAUUUGCGAAUACGUUGCGCUGUGUCCAUAUCUGUACAUAACGUCUUGACUUCUGAAAUACACGUCUCUGAAAAAUGCAAA